GCAGGUUCAGCAUCCUGGACCCAGACUCGCACCAGUGCCCAGCCAGGUGCCUGCCCCUGCACAGGGCUUCACUCUCUUCCCCUUGCCCAGCCUCGGUGCCCUGGGGCCUGCUGCCGGGCCUGCUGUCCGCCUCGUGCCACUGCCUGGGAUGCCUUCCGACCUCGAAUUCUUGGUGCCAAUUGACCAGAUCCUGAUUCACCAGAAGGCUGCACGAGUGGAAACACUCCUAGGCUAGGAGGCAAGUAACAAGUAUGAACUGUGCUCAGCGGCUGGACAGUCCCUGGGUCAGGCGGCUGAAGAGAGCAACUGUUGUGCACAUCUGUACUGCAGGUGGACUCCAGGGACGGAGAGAUGGAAGUACAGUCGCCAACAGGCACCAUCAUUGGCCAUGUGCUGCAGACCUGGCAUCCCUUCCUCCCCAAGUUCUCCGUUCAAGAUGCCAAUCUCCAUAUGAGCCUGCAAGUGGUGGGGCCCUGCUGGACCUGUGGCUUUGGCACAGACACCAGCUUUGAAGUGAAAACUCUGGAUGAGUCCCACAGUGUGGGCUGCAUCAGCAAGCAGUGGUGGCGGGUGGGGCUGCUCCAAGAGGCCCUCACAGAUGCAGAUGACUUUGGCUUGCAGUUCCCAUUGGAUCUGGAUGUGAGAGUGAAGGCUGUACUGCUGGGAGCCACAUUCCUCAUUGACUACAUGUUCUUUGAGAAGCGAGGAAGCACUGGGCCCUCUGCCAUCACCAGUUAGACAGCAUCUCAGGGUGAGGACCAUCACCUUAGCCAGAACUCAGGAUGGUCACCUGGCCUGGCCUGGUCCCUCCUCAGAAGCAGCUCCUUUCCUCCAUGAACACUGCAAAGGACAGACAGAGAUGCCUAAGAG